AGAAUGCAGGAAAUCGCAGUUGCCAGUUGAAGUGGGUAUUAUUACCUAUCAAUCCAAAAUAAGACCAAUUCUCGAGUAUGCAUUACCUGUCUGGGCGGGACUCCCUAAUUACCUGCGAGAUGAAAUAGAGCGGGUUCAAUCCAGGAGCUUACGAAUCCUUGGUCUGGAAAAAGAUUACUUGCCACCGUUGAACGAAAGAAGGGAAGAGGCAACUAGUCGAGAAGUGGAUAGGUUUAUGAACGAUCCAAACCACCCUGUCACAGUGUUUUGCCAAAAUUAA